ACUAGUACACAUAAACGCGACAUGAAGAGCUUCAUGCAGAUAUCAGACCCCUGUGCCCCUGCGACUUUUAAAUUGACGUCUAAAGAGACCCUUGAGCCCUAAACCCACCCAAAUCCAGCACCAGCCGUCCAGCGACCCAAUCACACGCUACAAGCCGAAGACGCACGGCAACUGGAGCCAAGAUCCGGCAUCCUGAAACACAGCCGAUCGCCGCCUUUCCCGGGACGGCGAGUGCAUGGCUACGCCGUGUUAUGACAGGAUCGUCGGAGGGCGGAGAUCAGAAACAAACUCGGGCUGGACUGGGCUCGGCGUUGGCUGCGAGAGGCCAGCCACGAGAUGCAUGCAGGCAGCCGAGGGGAUGCUUGCCUCUCAGCUCACCAGAACACGGGGGCGUGCUGCACAGCCUUGAAGCCUGUUUGUAGGGUGGCCACCUGUGGUAUACAACCUCACUUCUCCCUCUCUCUCUUUUUCUGUCUCUUCCGUCAAUUGUGGUCGUUCGUUCUGUGUCUAUAUUUUACCUUUCAGCCUCGCACUGUUUGCCCCCACUGGAAUCUGGGAAGCGCCCUCUCCGUGAGAGUUGAAGCUCGCGCGAAGAUGCUCCUCUCAAUCAUCUCAGCUUUCGCCUUCCUCGCCUCAGUAUCCGCAGACUUCGGGCUCGUAGACAGUCUACCAAAAUGCUGGCGAUCGUGCGUCGCGGAAACGAAUCUAAACUGUGACGGAUGGGACCUGCCAUCAAGCAAAGGCACCUUCCUAACCGACACCGUCUCCUGCGCGCGCUCUGACUGCAACUCGGAGGACUGGGACGUGCAGCUCUUCCUAGGACCUCUCGAAAUGCUCUGUAACACCGUCCACCAGCCAAUCCCCAGCUCCAUCAUUAAGAGCGUGGAGAAUUGCGCCACCCAAACCGCUUCCCCUAAAGCUAAAUCCACCGCGAAACCCGCUUCGGAGAAGCACCACCAUACAGAUAAAUCGCAGGACUAUAUUACGAGCACGUAUACGUCUACAAUCACAGAGACCCGAACGGAUAGCCAGGGGUCUACGGUAGCACGCUUGUGGUGUCAGCGAGUCCGCUGGAUAGCAGUACCACCGCGCCCGCCGCGACGACAGGGCCGCAGCAGGCAGAGCAGACGGUCACAUCGACGAAAAGCUCGAAGAAGGCCGGGCCGACGGAUAACGGCAGCCCGUUCGAGAAUAUGCAGGCGGCGGCGAGCACGCGGGAGAGGUCGUGGGGGCUUGCGGUGCUUGGGCUGCUACUUGCGUUAUUUUGAUGUGAGGUGUGCGGAGUAGAGGCUGUGGCUUGAUGCUGUUCAGCACAACGAAAGAGUCUGGUUUGGAACUUUCUUAUGUUGUACAUAUUACUGGUAAUGAUGUCUAAACGAGGGGAGUGUGGCCUGAUGG